AAGAUGUCAAGUAGACUUCCUGCUGUUGUUGUUGAUAAUGGAACAGGCUAUUCCAAAAUAGGUUAUGCUGCCAAUGUUCAGCCGCAGUGUAUUAUUCCUUCUUGUAUCGCGGUAAAGGAAUACGGAAAAAUCGGAAACAGAGAGUCCCGUCGUCUUGGAACUGGUUUAGACGAUCUAAACUUCUUCAUCGGUGAUGAGGCCAUCGAAGUUGACGGAAAAAAUGACUAUUCUCUUAAGUGGCCAAUUCGCCAUGGUAUUAUCGAAGAUUGGGAUUUGAUGCAACGUUAUAUGGAACAAGUUAUUUUUAAAGUCCUUAGAGCUGAACCUGAGGACCACUACUUCCUCAUGACUGAACCCCCUCUAAAUACACCAGAGAACCGUGAAUACCUUGCCGAAAUUAUGUUUGAAACAUUUAAUAUUCCUGGCCUUUACAUUGCUAUGCAGGCAACUCUAGCUUUAAUUGCAUCUUGGGGCUCCAAGAAGGACGGAAAGCGUUCUUUGACAGGUACCGUCAUUGAUUCAGGCGAUGGUGUCACUCAUAUCAUCCCUGUUGUCGACGGUUAUGUGGUCGGCUCUUGCAUAAAACACAUACCAAUUGCUGGUCGGGACAUCACCUCUUUCAUUCAGCAACUUCUCCGUGAAAGAGAAACUGGAAUUCCCCCAGAGCUCUCUAUGGAAGUUGCAAAGAAAAUCAAGGAGAGUUACUGUUAUGUUUGCCAAGAUAUAAACAAGGAAUUCGUUAAAUACGACUCGGAUCCACAAAAGUGGCUGUCUGUAAAAGAUGUCACAAAGCAUCCUAAAUACUCUCCUGUCACGGUUGAUGUUGGUUAUGAACGCUUUCUGGGUCCUGAAGUCUUCUUUCAUCCUGAGUUUGUUAAUCAAGACUACACCAAAUCGAUCAGCUCGGUUGUGGAAGAUGUCAUUCAAAACUCUCCAAUUGAUUCUCGGCGUGGUCUUUAUGGAAACAUCGUACUUUCUGGGGGUAGUUCAAUGUUCAAGAAUCUGGAUAAGCGUAUUCAACGAGAUAUUCAGGGCAUUGUGGAUGCUAGGUUGAAACUGACUGAAGAGCUAACUGGUGGGCGAAUGAAGCCAACACCAAUUGAAGUGAAUGUGGUUUCACAUAAAAUGCAACGCUACGCAGUUUGGUUUGGUGGUUCUCUUUUAGCCAGCACAGCCGAGUUCUAUACCGCGUGCCACACUCGAGCUCAAUAUGAAGAAUACGGCCCCUCUAUUUGCCGUCAUAACCCAACUUUUGGUUCUUUGGUUUGA